AUGGCUCAAACUGUACAGAAAGGCAAGCGUCGGCAGCCUGACGAUGACGACGGCUCAAGCCCGCGCCCAGCUGCCAAGCGUCCGCGUCCAAGCGCGGCGCGCAGGAGUGCCGGUGGCCCGCCUCCUGCCCCGCGCGGUCAGCCACGAGCCGGAGAACGCAGGUUCCGGCCAGGUACCGUGGCGUUACGCGAAAUUCGCAAGUACCAGAAGAGCACAGAUCUGCUCAUCCGCAAACUGCCGUUCUCUCGUGUCGUCCGCGAAAUCGCGCUGGACAUGAUGACAGACAUGGUUGACUACGGCGACGCGGGUCUCCGUUGGCAGAGUUCUGCCAUCCUCGCGCUUCAGGAGGCCACAGAAGCGUAUCUUGUGCAUCUAUUCGAGGAUACAAAUCUCUGUGCUAUUCAUGCGAAACGCGUAACCAUUAUGCAACGGGAUAUGCAACUCGCCCGGCGCAUUCGCGGCCCUUGGGGAGGUUUAUAA